CCUAACGAAAAGCUUCCUCUGUUAGAGCGCUUUAUUUUUUAACCCUGGGAAGAAGGUAGCUCCCUCUUUGCACUGUCUGAAGUAAGCAGUUCCUUGUCUUGUCAAGGAGAGAUUGUCGGCCUCGAAAUGUGUGCCUAAAUGAUCUACAGCUAGCAUUGAGGGGCAGGAUCUCGCUAAAAGAACUUAAUAAGCUAGUGAAAGCUAACGCAGCUAACCGGGGAGACAGAAUCGAUACUGUUGGGGUCAUAUAUUCACAGAAGACAACAGCUUACAGGAAUAAUUGUUGAUUUUGCAUCUUCGAGACAUGUCACAGAAUAUCAUCAUAAGCGAGUCUAUAAGGAUAGUGGCAUGAAGUUACCAGCCAGUUACAAAGAUGGAUACAUCCCUCCCAUGGUUUCUCAUUAAUCUCACCUGGAGUGGGAGGGUUUUAUAACAAGAACAGAAACGGAGCGAAGAGGACAGAACAUUUGUGGAGUUUAACCAGAAGUCAUGAAUCUUCAUCAAGUCCUUACAGGGGCUGUCAACCCUGGGGACAACUGUUUUUCUGUUGGGAGCAUCAACAAUGUGCCUUUCACGGCUUAUGCGUCAGGUUGUGAUGUGGUGAUUUUGGGCAGUAAUUUUGAGCGGUUGCAGAUUAUCCCGGGGGCCAAACAUGGUAACAUCCAGGUCGGCUGUGUCGACUGUUCACUACAGGGUGGACAGAUUGCAGCUUCCUAUGGAAGCAUUGUGUGCGUGUUUGAGCCUGUUCAGCACUUAGAUCAAAAGGACACUUCAUUGUCUAAAUUAAACUGCCAGUGGCAGAAGACUGGUCAGUUUGUGUUAGAGUCUAUGGUACGGAACCUGGCCUGGCACCCCACAGGUAGUACUCUCUUAACAGGCUCUAGUAGCCUCCAGUUGUGGUCUAAUGUUGAUGAUGGGAAAAAAGAAAAUGAGGAUAGAGGAAAACCAGCAGAAAUGACCAUACGGGACUCUAAUUCUGCCUGGAGGUGUAUCUGGCAGAGUCGGACUGCCUCACCGGUCAGUUUUAUGAAGUUCUCUCCUGAUGGGGAAUUCUUUGCUACAGCUGGACAGGAUGACUGCCUGGUAAAGGUGUGGUACAGUACCAGUAAGUGGAAAUCAGGUGUUGCCAGACUAUUCACGCCUCCAGAAGCUAGUGUGAGCGUCCAGGGAGAGCUGGCCUUUUCCUUUGUCUACCUGGCUCAUCCCCGCUCAGUUACUGGGUUCUCUUGGAGGCAGACCAGCAAGCAUAUGCCACGAGGUGCAGUCUGUAAUGUUCUGCUCACCUGCUGUAAGGACAGCGUUUGUCGACUCUGGGCAGAAACGCUGUUGCCUGGUGACAGCCUUCUCUCCGGUCACUAUAACAACCAUACUUCUGGCCAUAACACCGAAACAGUCAGAUAUGCUGACUCAUCUUUGAAAAACAACUGCAAUGGAAAAACACAAGGAACAACAACACAGGAAUUCAACUUUCAAGAAUCAUGGCAUUCCUCCUCCUAUCGGGAUAUUCCCCAGCCCUCAGUGACCAGUGGCCUGCCUCACCAUCAGAACCAACACUAUAAUCACAAGAGGUGCAACAGUGGCAUGCCCUGUGCUAAUGCUCUCUGCCACUUCCACAUCGCUGCAAGCAUCAAUCCAGCCACAGACAUUCCUCUGUUGCCCUCCAUCUCCUCUAUGAAUGCUGUGGAUGACGAGGAACCUGGAAGUCCAUUUACUGUCCACUGGCUCAACAACAAGGAGCUUAACUUCACCUUAGCCAUGGACGUCUUCCUGCAGCAGCUCAGAAGCAGUUUAGAACAGAAUGAAUGCUCAAAUGAAGAACCUGAAGAUGAAGAUAACUUUGAUGAAGAAGAUAACAGUAGCAGGCCAACUGACCCCCAAGGGUUUGAAGGUGUGGAACACCAAGUGGAUGUUUUAUUAGAGGAGUGGAAUAAAGGGGCUGACAUGUUGUUCAGUAUACAUCCAAUGGACGGCUCUUUGUUAGUCUGGCAUGUGGACUGGCUAGAUGAAUACCACCCUGGCAUGUUCAGGCAAGCUCAGGUGUCCUUUGUGUCCCGUAUUCCUGUAGCGUUCCCUACAGGUGAUGCAAUCUCUCUGAGCCACAGUGUGGUUAUGUAUGCCUGCAACAAGAACGUGGAUUUGGCUAUCCAGCAUGGCAGACAGCGGCUCCCUGGGAGCUCAUUGACUCAAAACAAAUCUGCUCUAAUAAGCUAUGGGGGUCAAGGAAAAGCCGCACCUGGCAGUAGUCUUCGACUGAGCAUUUUCACCCCAAAUGUGCUAAUGAUCUCCAAACAUGAUGAUGGCUCUCUAAAUCAGUGGGCAGUCAGUUUUGCAGAGGACUCUGCUUUCUCCACUGUGCUCAGCGUUUCUCACAAAUCACGCUACUGUGGCCAUCGUUUCCAUCUCAAUGACUUGGCCUGUCACUCAGUACUCCCUCUCCUCCUAACCACUUCACACCAUAAUGCCUUGAGGACCCCAGAGGCAGACAGUAUCCUGGCUCCUCCAGAGGCCUACUCCACUGGUGUCUCUUAUUCCACAUCUCUGCCUUGUGGGUCACGGCCUAGCCGGGUGUCAUUAGGCGGGGUUUCUCAGGAUCCCAACGCCAUCUACAGUGAGCUGAUCUUAUGGCGAGUGGACCCGGUUGGUCCCCUGUCUCUGUCAGGCGGGGUCUCAGAGCUUGCUAGAAUAAAUUCUCUUCAUGCAUCAGCAUUUGCUAAUGUAGCCUGGCUGCCCACACUCAUUCCCAGCAGCUGUUUAGGUGUGUACUGUAACUCCCCCAGCGCCUGCUUUGUUGCAAGUGAUGGUCAAUCACUGAGGCUCUAUCAGGCUGUCAUUGAGGCUAAGAAACUCCUCAGUGAGCUCUCCAAUCCUGAGAUAUCAAAAUAUGUUGGGGAGGUGUUCAACAUUAUCAGUCAGCAGUCCACAGCAAAACCAGGCUGUAUCAUAGAGCUGGAUGCCAUUACUGACUUUCAGGGGAAGGAGACCCAGCUCUUGCACGUCUUUGAGGAGGAUCUGAUUCUUGGCAAUGUGAGAACAGAGGGGGCUUCAAAAACUCCUGAUUCUCCUCAUAAUGCUUCUAGUGAACCAUCCUUCUCGGCACGUUUUUUUUUGGUGGUGGUAGAGUUGACCCCAACAGGUCGCUCACUCCUCCACAUGUGGCAUCUCCAUCUUGCUGCUCUCCCAGUCACAAUGGAGGAAACUAUAACGCCAAAGGAAAUCUUCACACCUUCUCCUCUGAACACCUCACAGUUCAUCUUUGACGCACUCAGUUCUCCAGUUAUUCAGAAGAGUAAACCCUGCACUUCCAAUCUUCAGAGCGCCUGCCGCCUCAGCCUCACAACACACAAGUUGUGCAGCCAGGAGAUGGCUCUUCCUGCCGGAGUGGAAGCUAUCAGCAUUACCCCGUCAGCAGGUCACUUGAGCGCAUCAUGUUCUCUACCAGCUGGACGUGUGCCUUACCUCCUCGCUACAUCCUGUUCUGAUGGAAAGGUGCGCUUCUGGACGUGUAAUGUUGUUGCAACAGAGGCCACCAAUAUGGAGAACUUGAUUUAUCAAUGGGCGGAGUGGCCUCUCCUGGUUGAGGACAGACUUCCUAAUAGCAGUGCUGUAAGUGUCCCUGGUCGCCCGAUCAAAGUGAGCUGCUGUCACACAGGACGGUUUGCAGUUGCCUACAGGCAGUCACCAAACACACCUCUCAACUUAACACCUCAGCCGAGUUCUCACAGGCUGCCAACUUCUCCUCCUACCUUGGCAUCCUCUCCAUAUGUAAACUACAACACCCACCUGAUUCCAACUCUUACCAUACAGCCAAGCCCAAGUCUUAUUCUAAGCAAUAACCCGGCAAACACACGAGAACCACCAGUCCACAUCAGCAUCUUCCAGUGUGAGUCCACUGGUGGUUCCCAGUGGAUUUUAGAGCAGACCAUAGUCUUGGACAGCACAGAUUCAACCGCUAACUCUGCUACUAGCAGUAGUACAACUGGAUGUGCCAACAUUCCAUGUAGUACAGACUUCUCUAUACCUAAUGAGAACUGUCUUGGUUCUACUUGUAAGAGCCUGGUUCAUUUAGACUGGGUUUCCCAAGAGGAUGGAUCACAUGUUCUGACUGUUAGUAUUGGGACAAAGAUUUAUAUAUAUGGGCGUCUGUCUGGGAAGCCUCCAGAGCUAGUUCUGUCUUCUGGUGCCAGUAGAGACCAAAGUUUGUCUCGCCUGGUUCUGCUUCGAUCAGUCACUCUGGUUUCAUCCGUUGAAGGCUCAUUACCUAUCCCAGUCUCCCUCUCCUGGGUCCGAGAUGGAAUCUUGGUAGUGGGCAUGGACUGCGAGAUGCACGUCUACUCCCAGUGGCAGCCCCCAGUGCCUCCCAAACCAAACGGGACAGUUGUCCAAGACACAGAUAUUGGCAGCAGCUUCUCUUCCAUAGUCUCAGUCUUCCGACAGUGCCAAGAGGAGGGUCUCGGUUCUGUGGGUCCCACGCCUGCACUGGCCCCUCCCAAAAGGCUCCUGACAAGAUCAAUGAUGAGUCUGGCUCAGAAGCUCAGUGGAAAGAAAACCGUUUACGACCUGCCUGUAGAGAUGGAAGAUUCUGGGCUUUUUGAGGCAGCUCACCAACUCUUCCCUACUUUGCCCCAGUACCAUCCCGUACAGCUGAUGGAGCUCAUGGACCUUGGAAAGGUUCAUCGUGCCAAAGCUAUUCUCUCCCAUCUGGUGAAAUGCAUUGCUGGGGAAAUUGUGACACUUAAAGACAUCACCACCAAUCCAGAGAAACGCUUGCGCUCUCGAACCAUCAGCGUUGGAGGUAGCACAGCCAGGGACCAGAAGAUAUUCAGCAAAGCAGAGAGCUCCAGCCCUGACUACACAGAGAUAAGCUCCGUCCCUCCCCUCCCUUUGUACGCACUUUUGGCAGCAGAUGAGGAUACGUCACAGCUAGAUAAAGGGGGCAGCGUGAGUGGAGAUAGUGGACAUGGCUCCAGUCAGACUGAUGCUUAUGAUGAGCUCUUUCAUACACCCAACAUAGUGGAUCUGGACCCACUGGACAAUGAACAAGAGGAAACAGGGAACAAGGUUAUAGACUUAUCCCAGUACAGUCCUACUUAUUUUGGUCCAGAACAUGCCCAGGUUCUAUCCAGCCACCUCCUUCACUCUAGUUUGCCUGGAUUGACUCGAAUGGAGCAGAUGUCUUUAAUGGCGCUGGCUGACACCAUUGCUACCACAAGCACAGAUCUAAAAAACAACCAGGGCAAGAGCAAAGGCGGCGAAACGCUGGAUGAGUGUGGUCUAAAAUUCUUGCUGGCUGUCAGACUCCAUACCUUCCUCUCAACCUCCCUGCCUCCAGCACACAGAGCACAGCUGCUACGACAAGGCCUGUCAACCUGUCAUUAUGCCUGGGCUUUCCACUCUGAAGCCGAGGAGGAGCUGCUGAACAUGCUGCCUGCCCUGCAGAAGGGAGAGCCCACCUGGCCUGAGCUGCGCUCUAUGGGGAUUGGCUGGUGGCUGCGCAGCACUGACAAGCUACGCAGGUGUAUUGAAAAGGUUGCCAAGGCUUCUUUCCAGAGGAACAAUGAUCCUUUGGAUGCAGCUAUAUUUUACCUCGCACUGAAAAAGAAGGCAGUGGUUUGGGGACUGUACAGGUCUCAGAAGAAUGCAAAAAUGACAGACUUUUUCCGCAACAACUUCAGUGAGGACAGGUGGAGGAAAGCAGCACUGAAAAAUGCCUUCUCUCUGUUGGGAAAGCAGCGGUUCCAGCAUUCUGCAGCCUUUUUUCUUCUAGCUGGGUCCCUUAAGGAUGCUGUGGAGGUGUGUUUAGAGAAAAUGCAGGACCUGCAGCUGGCCCUGGUGAUCUCUAGACUGUACGAGUCUGAGUUUGAAUCAGCAUCCACAUACAAAAAGAUCCUUCAGAGACAUGUUUUGGGACAAGACAAACAGAUUCCACCCCAUCCAGAUCCAUUCCUUCGAAGCAUAGCUCAUUGGGUUCUGGAGGACUACAGCAGAGCACUGGACACUCUUAUCGAGCAGCCUGCUAACUGCAAAAGCACGAGGACUUCCGAGAGUAAAUAUGACACUGGUUCCUCUGCCGUGUCUUUGUGUAACCCUGAGGUUUUCAACUUUUACAUCUACCUCCGCACACACCCACUCCUCCUCCGCCGCCAUUUUGGCUUUUCAGAUAAGGCUAAAGUUGGCUUGACCACUGAAGUUCGUAGGGCCGACUCCAUUAGCCUGGAUGAGAGAAGGCUGUUUUUCACAGCUGCAUAUGCACACCUGCAUGCUGGCUGCCCCAUGCUAGCACUUGAAAUUCUGUCCAAGAUGCCCAAAGUCCACAAGCAUUCCAAGCACUCCAACCAGGAGGAUACGGGAAUUUCAGCUGAACUCAGUGUUGGGAGUAGGAAUGGACAAGCAUCAGACCCAGACUGGUCUCCACCAGCUCUGAAUGGCUAUGAGACAGGUGGAAACAGCUUAUCCAACAGCCAGUCAGAUUCAGUGUUGAGUUUUGAUUGGAGCCAGCCAUCAAUGACCCUUCCAGAUGAGCCUCUGGAGCUGAAGUGGGACAGUGACAAAGAAGAUGAUGAUGAGAAGGAGGAAAAUCAAGAAGAAACUAAAGAAGGACAAGGGGCUAGAAAUGCAGACAACAGUGUAUUUCAGGACACUCAGGACGGCUUGUCCACAAUAAUGGAAACUGUGACAAGUGAGGGCAGUGAAGACAGCAAUGACUUCAUUGCUCCAUCUGAUGACAUCUUGGUGACCCAACUUAAGUUCACAGCUUGCUUGAAGAUUAUGACAAAUGAGCUCCGGACGCUGUCAACAGGGUAUGAGCUGGAUGCAGGAAAGCUGCGUUACCAGCUCUGCCAAUGGUUAGAAAGAGAGGUGGUGGCUCUCCAGCAUUGCUGCAGCUACACACCCUGUCUGCCAGAGCUGUCAGUCCAGGGCGAUGCUCAUGUUUCUGGAUUAGUAGAGGAAGAACAGCCUGGGAGCCCCCGUGGUGACAGCCAGAGGAGCAGGAGACACUGGCUGCAAAGUAACCAGCAUUUACUGAGGAUGUUUCUGAGCUACUGCAGCUUGCACGGCUCCCAAGGUGGAGGACUGGCUUCUGUGCGCAUGGAGCUCAUAUUGCUGCUUCAGGAGUCUCACCAGGACUACUCUAUCAAGUCCAUAAUAACACAGAGUUCCCAGCCCACCUCUAUCCCUCUCCUCAUGGCUUGUACAUUCAAUGUAAAGACGGUGGUGGCCAACCCCACCGUCUACCUGACCAACCUGACUCAUGACAUCUUGCAGACCAUCAAUGCCCUUGACUCUCCUCCACAUCCUGAUGUUGUUAAUAAUGAGAUCUAUGUGAUGCACACCUUGGCCGCUUCAUUGUCUGCUUGUAUAUAUCAGUGUCUCUGUGAUGAACACAUAUACAGCCACGUCAACCAUUUCACAGGGACUGUGUAUCAGAGUGUUUUGCUGUCUCAGAAGCAGCCUCUCAAAAGUGUCAGCAUGGAUGAAUCUGUUCAGCCUAAUACUUCUCCUGCUCAGUGGCCAGGCAUCGCCUGUCUUAUUCGUCUGUUGAGCUCCGCAGGUGAAGAGAGCCAACCAGGCUUAGCCGUGCUGCUGUGUGAGAUCCUCACUGCGGUCUUCCUCAGUCUGUUUGUUCAUGGCAUGGCAACCCACUCCAGCAACGAACUGUUUCGCAUCGUGGCCCACCCGCUCAACAGCAAACUUUGGGUGACAGUGUUUGGAGGAGGUGCCCGGAUCCCCAUCAUAGAGAAACCCAGCAGUCCUACAGUAACAACCCCACCAGGCACACCGAGCGGAUCAGACAAGAAGUCCAGACGGUUCAGGCUUCUUUCAUCACGCAGUGGAUCCAGGGAAGAGUCCGGGAUAGAACGGGAAGGGCCAUCCAGUCCCAAUCACGGGGCUGUUGUGGAACAAGAAGCUGCCUCCAUCUUUAAAGAGAAAUUUGUCCCGCCAGAUCUCAGCAUUUGGGAUUACUUUAUUGCAAAGCCUGUUCUGCCGCCAUCAGAAAAUGGAGCUGAAUAUGACUCUGAGGAAAGCCAGAGCAGCGAAGAUGAGGAUGAUGAAGAUGAUGAAUGUGAAGAUGUGUUUGACCCAAACUCUCCCCAGAGAGAGCAUUCAAACCACAAUUCAUACAGCUGGUGUUUGAUGCGCCUGGCCAUGGUUCAGCUGGUGUUGGUCAACCUAAAGUCCUUUUACCCAAUGGCAGGAUACGAUCUAUUAGAUUUGCCUGUGGCCUCGCCUCUGUGUCACGCUGUGCUGAAAACACUGCAGCGCUGGGAGCAGGUGCUGCAGAAAAGGCUGGAGAUCUUUGGGGGCCCUCCUUCCAAGUACAUCUCCACUCACCUCCAGGACGAAAGUGCCACUCCUGGCCCCGCCCUGCUCAGACACAAAGCUCUAUUUGAACCAUCCAACACCCCGUUCAGAAGUCACCAGUAUUCAACGUUGCCAGUGAAGCGUUUGUGGCAAUAUCUAGUCAAGCAGGAAGAAGUACAGGAGACUUUUAUUAAAAACAUCUUUAUAAAGAAACCGGGUACAAAUCAGUCGGUUGAGGACCAGACUGACAAUAUGAAAUAUUCAGGAAUGGAGAAGACAGGAAUCAAUCAGACGGAGUCAGAUAUGAGCUGCCCUGGAGGAAAAGCACGGAUCAUCCACAAAGAAUCUGACAUAAUCACAGCUUUUGCCAUUAACAAGGCAAAUCGUAAUUGUUUAGUCAUGGCCUCCACACAUGACAUUCAGGAGCUGGAUGUGUCAUCCAUCUUGGCCACACAGAUCAUGACUUGGAUCGACGAAGAGGAGACUGAAGCCAAAGGUGUUGGUGGAGAUGACUUCCUGGUGGUGCAUACACGGGAUGAUUUUGCUGCUCUCCAUGGCACCACACCGUACACCCACAGCAGCCCCGGCACACCAAUCAAUGUGCCGUGGCUAGGAGGCCUGCAGACGGGCAGGGGUGCCUCUGUGAUGAUUAAGAGAAAUAUCAACAAUGUGAGAAGAAUGACCUCCCAUCCCACGCUGCCAUACUACCUGACCGGAGCUCAGGAUGGUAGUGUGAGGAUGUUUGAAUGGGGCCACUCCCAGCAGAUCACCUGCUUUAGAAGCCCAGGGAACUCCAGAGUCACCAGGAUACGAUUCAACCACCAAGGAAACAAGUUUGGUAUUGUAGAUGCUGAUGGGAGUUUGAGUCUCUGGCAGACCAGCACAAGUGGGAAUACACCCAAGCCGUACCUGACUUUGCAGUGCCACAACAAGACAGCUCAUGACUUUGUCUUUGUGGGCUCUUCCUCCCUUAUUGCCACUGCGGGCCUUUCAACAGAUAACAGGAACGUGUGUCUCUGGGACACUCUUGUGACUCCGGCUAACAGCCUCGUUCAUGCUUUCUGCUGCCAUGAGUCUGGUGCCACCGUGCUCUCGAUGGCCUCCAGACAGCAGCUGCUUAUCACAGGCGGAAGGAAAGGCUGGAUCAGUGUCUUGGAGCUUCCACACAGGCACCAGCGGCAGAGCUUCCAGGCCCACGACUCCCCGGUCAAAGCUCUGGCUGUUGAUCCAACUGAGGACUGCUUCAUCAGUGGUUCAGCUGAGGGAAACAUUAAGGUGUGGAGCCUGACCACACAGAGUCUCCUCUACACCUUCCCUAACGAACACGCUCGCCAGUCGCUGUUCAGGAACCUCGGGACGGGCGUGAUGCAGAUCGAGGUGGGACCAGCCAACCACAUCUUUUCUUGCGGCGCAGAUGGUACCAUGAAGAUGAGGAUCCUUCCCAACCGGUUCAGUGUUAUGAACAACCACGGCAACCUCAGGAGCGAUGUCAAAUUCUUCAUAUAGAUGGGGAAAAUAUGGCAUCAAAGCUCUUCAGCUGAGGAAUGUGAAAUGCUUCUUUUCAUAGUGAUGAAGCCAAAGUUCCCAGCGCUUUUGUGGAAAAUGUUGUCACACCUAAUUAGAAGAAUGGCUGCAAUGGCUUCAUUUUGGGGGAAUGAUGACAUGACAGAGCAAUGAUGUGAGCUUUGAAGAACAUCUUUAAUGACGAAACAAGCUAAAUCCUUGUGUGAUUCGCUGACUUUGACAAAGCAGAAGCUUGUCGUCCGAUCAAUGGGGCGCUGAACGUGACCGAACAUGAAAUGAUCUGCUGUGAUUUUUUGUUUCUUUUCACGAAUUAUGUGAACUCACAUUUGGCUUUAAAGGCGACCAAGCACAGUAGCUAAAGUGAGCACAGGGUAGUAACUGAGAGCAAUCGGAAUAAACUGAACAAACACAAGAACCCAGCUGGAAAUGAUCUGCUUCAGCCUGCCAUCUCAGUGUCUACUGGACAGCACAUGAAGAGCCUUUUUUUGCACAGAGAUUAAAGCUGUAGAAGGAGUGAAAUUGGACUGAAAUCUAAAGCUGUAGCAUUGUUCCCAUACAAUAUCAGCUUGUCUUUUAGUUAAGUUAGUAAAUGACUUCAUCUGGAGUCGCUGAUGGAGUGUUGACUUUGUUUGCAGUGUGUCAUACGGGGACAAUAGUGAUUCCUUUCUGGGGUUUAAAAUCCCCACAACACUGGUAAACACCGUCGAGUCCUUUCAGGACAUUGCAGUGAGGCUGGUGGACAUUAAACGAAGCACAUCCGGUGACACGGAUUCCCAGCGCACUCUGCUGCUCCAUAGAAACAGAGAUGACACCUUCUGGGUUGGACAACAGAAGACCAGAUGUUCGUCUCGAUCAAAACACACAUUAGAAACGAGCAAUUGUCAACGUCAUGUCCCCGUCAUUGUGUCGCACUUUCAUUUUAGAAGCUUUGCUGGACCUCCUCUCCAGCUGAACACAGAAAAUCUUUUUCUUUUUUUUUUUUUAUAAAAGUGGAAAUAAACAUAUCUCUUAUAUUAAAAGCAGUAGUUAAGCAUUUCAGGAAAUGUGUGCAUCUGCUUUCCGGUGGAGCUCCCAUGUUUGUCUGAAUAUGAGGCUAGCAGCUAAUUAGUUAAGCUGAAGGAUUGGAAAACGGCCAGCCUGGCUCUGUCCGGCAGAAACAAACUCAGUCGGCCUGAAGAAUAAUACCGGUGAUAUUAACGUGUAAUAGCUAAGUAGUCAUGGAUAACCUUAAGUUGAACAUCUCUGAGUCCAACAGAUGAUGCCAGGUGGACCAUGAGCAAGUCAGGCUAGCUGCUUUCUUGUUUCUCUUCAAAGCUAAGUUCAAACUACUGCUGUCAAGAGUUAUAUCCAUCUCCUGAGCUUUCUCUGCCAGAAAGCAAAUAUAUCCCCAAAUAGGAACCUAUUCCUUAACUAAGGUAGUAAAAAUUAGUGACUUUGAGUUUAAAGUGUGCUCCAACGCAACUGCUCUUUCUGUAUUUGCACAUAAGCUAAAUUAAGCUAAACUGUAGUGUGAUAUGCCUACAUAUAAGCAGGACGACAGUACAGACAUCAGUGUUUGGUUAUAAGAUAAUAAGUGUGAUGUUCAUGUAUCCCAGCAUAGAUUUAACCAGUUGUAUUAUUAUUAUUGUUAUUAAGUGUCCUUAAACUACUUGUGCCAACCUGGUACAGUACUGGUACUGUUGGCUAAUAUUGAUUAUUGUUGAUAUUCAGUGGCACAAAGUAGCUUUAAGCAAGGCCCUCCACAAAUACCUUUUCUGGACGUGUUUUAGAUUUUUUGAAAUAUUAAGAUGAACAUGUAGCAAGAGAAUUAGCUGUUGACAAUAGAUGGGGGUCUAGGUGGGACAUUAAAUGCAUUUGAAUGGAAAUUAUUUUUUAUUCCAGCAACAAGGUCUGUCCCUUCCAUAGACUCCAAGCUUUGCUUUUCCACAUGGAUCAUGAUAGACAGUUGCCUUGGAAGCAAUAUUGUUUGCCUUGUAGCUAAUUUAAUUAGCAGAUUUGCUUUAUCUAGUUUGCUGUUAAAGACUUUGUCACCGUUCUAAUAAUCACCUUUUUUAUCAUGCAGCUUCUUCUAUCAUCCAAAGCAGCACAUUGCUUUCAGCACAAUCUAAUAUAAGCUGAUGUACGAUAUGAUGCUUCUUCCACUUGAAUAAGGAAGGGGCUCAUGCAAAGUGUCCGAUACAGAGUAAUCCUCUAAGUUUACUAUCAGUAGAAGCUUGUGCUACUGUAGGGAAAUAAUAGACAUUAGCUUUAACUUCAGGGCAGAUGGCUGAGAUAAAGCAGUUUUAAUGCAGUUAUGCAUAUACAUAAAUCCAUAAACUAAGCUUCUUAUGAUUCAUGUUUAAUCCCAACAACUAGUUAUAGUCGAAUGGUGGGUUAUGAUAAAAGCCACUUUACAAAGAUUAUUAUCCUGUAUAGACAGAUUAUUCUAUAUUUAUGAUAUAUGUUCAUAUUUAGGAGUAAAAACUUUUUCCCCUUCCUUUACCUUAAAAAUCAAAGUGGUUGGAAGAGAGUAAUUCUGCAGCAACUGGAGUAAAAUCAGUUUUUAUCAAAGCCAAAUGUUAUGUACACAGACUCAAAAAUAAAACUUUCUUUUUUUUUUUAAUCACUUACUGCUUAUUUCUUUAAAGACCUGCAUCACAAACAGCUCCACAGCAUUGGUGUGUCAGGUUGUAGAUGUUGCACUGGACAAUAAAAUAAAAUAACUUGUUGGCUUUAUUUAAAAAAGAUAGAAAUAAAGUAAAGCUUUUUUCCCUUCUUCAACCUUGCAAAUGUGAAUUUAAUCAGAUAAUUAUAAUUUUCUAAUGUAAAUUGUUUAAAUAUUUACAGAAAAUGUACUGAUGUAAUAAAAGAAUUGUGGAAAACGA